ACAUACUUCCCAGUCCUCUUCACCCAAGAAGAAGCAUCUCUCUCUGAUCUUGUGCUUCAUUUUAUACAGCGUUUCGUCCCUUCCCUGGAGAGAAAAGUGAGCUGCGCAUUCCUGCAGGAUCUGCUGACUGGAGUGAAUAAAUAUUCAACAGGAAUUGGAAGAGUUUGGGUAGUAGUUGUGUUCAUAUUCUGCGUACUGGUUUAUGUUGUGGCCGCAGAAAACAUCUGGAAAUACGAACACGAUGAAUUUGAAUACAACGUCAAGCAGGCCGGUUGUAAAAAUGUCUGUUUUGAUCUUUUUUUUCUCCCUAUCUCACACAUCAGGCUCUGGGCUUUGCAGUUAAUUAUGGUCUCCACCCCUUCAAUCCUGGUGGUUUUCCAUGUUGCUUAUUGAGAGAACAGAGAAAAACACCACAACCAAAGACUUUACAGAAGUCCAGGUGAGGUAGCUCGUGGACUGCUGUGCACUUACCUCAUCAGUUUUAAUUUAAAAACUGGAUUUGAAGUAGUUUUUCUUAUUCUCUCUUAUAAAUUGUACAAUGAAUUCAAAGUACCACAUCUCGUGAAAUGUGACAUGAGACCAUGUCCUAAUACUGUCAACUGCUGUAUUUCCAAACCCACUGAGAAGAUGAUUUUCCUCUAUUUUCUGGUGGCAACUUCAUGCCUGUGCACUGUAUUAAAUUUAAGUGAACCGAGUUACCUCAUUUGCAAAUACUCCAUGAAGUGUCACCUGAAGAGGUACAUCAAAAAACCUCAAGGUUCAGCAAGUGCUGGCCACAAGCUGGGAAUCAUUGGUCACUACAGAGCAGCAGCUGCAGAGCUGACCCACAACAGCUCCCCGUCCCUGCCGCCGAGUGUACAGGAGGGACAUGAAAAAUGCUCCCCAUGGACUGAAAGAAGGUCAGAGAAUACCUUCCUGUUACACAUGCUGUUUUAGAUGAAUUGCUCUGCUCUCAUCAGUCCUUACAGAACUGAAGGGACAGUUACCUAGGAAGAAUUUUCCCUCUAUUAGUUCCCUCCCCCCAUUACAUGAGCAGAUAAUUCAUUAUGUAUGUCAUAUUCAGCAUUAGCUAGAUCUGUUCAUGUUGAAACAAAAGGUGUAGAGGCAUGAAAAUUCCAUGAAGUUUUAAUAUAUACACAAAUGCUUAUGAUAAAUCAUACUGAAACAAUUGCUCAAACAGCUGCAUUUGGAAAUUACACAGAAUUGCUUUGGUACAAGCAAAAAGAGGCUUUUUGUAUCCAGAGCUGGAAGAACCUGGAAUUAAGACACCGAACAGGAAGGGGAUUUACAGCAUUUGCCAGGUAGGUAGAUCUGAUAUGUGUUGAGACGGCAACCAGAAGGGCUGGCACACAACAGCCACUCCGAGUGAGCU